GCUGUUGCUGCCUCUGCAGCGCUGAGGGAAUUUGCUCUUAAACUGCUGUCGAGAUCUGAGCGGCGUUUUUUUCCUGCGCCACUCCUGGGAGGCGUAUCUGGGAAGCGGCAACGAAGAACGCACCCUCCGAGGGGCAAGCUAGGACGCCAUGAAGAUGAUGAGCUCUCCUUGGGCUCGCUUCUAUUCUAAUAGCUGCUGCUUGUGCUGCCAUGUCCGCACCGGGACCAUCAUCCUGGGAAUCUGGUACCUGAUCAUCAACUCAGUGGUAUUGCUGAUUAUACUGAGCGCCUUGACAGACCCUGGCCAGUACCACUUAACUACUGCUGAAUUAGGGGGUGACUUUGAAUUUAUGGAUGAUGCCAAUAUGUGCAUUGCUACUGCAAUUUCUCUGCUCAUGAUUCUCAUCUGUGCAAUGGCCACAUAUGGUGCAUAUAAGCAACAUGCAGCCUGGAUCAUCCCUUUCUUCUGUUACCAAAUCUUUGAUUUUGCACUCAACACCUUGGUUGCUAUCAGCAUACUUGUUUAUCCAAGCACAAUUCAGGAUUACCUGCAGCAACUGCCUCCUAAUUUUCCCUACAAGGAAGAGAUUAUGUCUGUCAAUCCCACAUGCCUAAUUGUGAUUAUUCUACUUUUUAUAAGUAUCACCUUGGCUUUUAAGGCUUACCUAAUCAGCUGUGUAUGGAACUGUUAUCGAUACAUUAAUAACAGAAACAACUCUGAUGUCCUGGUCUACAUUACUACUAAUGACACAGCGGUGCUGUUGCCACCAUAUGAUGAUCCUGCAAGUGGCACAGCCAAAGAUCCCCCACCACCUUAUGUGUCUGCAUGAGCUCUGUGUUCCAUAUGGAAGUUCUGUUUCACCCUGUGGCCGACUGAUUACUUCUGUUGUUAAGAUAGUUCUGAUGAUAUCCUUUGCCUGUUUAUGUAAUCCAUCGAGCAAUGGGAACAAACCACUUUUAAACAUUCAUUUCAGUGGAAGUUAAACAAGCUCUUAAAUUUCUCUCCUUGAAAUUGAUGGCGAUUUUAAAAUGCUUACCUUUCUAUGGAUUGUGUGCAGUGUGAUUUAAGAUCAUACAAUAUGUUCUUUGAGUCAUUUGGUGUGGUAAACAAUGAAUACCUCUUUUGAGUAUCCAAAAUGUGAACAUUUUUCCAUGUGGGUUUGCUUGUAAAUAUAGCACUUUGGGAGCCAUAAGCUAAGGAAUACAAGGAGUGGGGUAACUUCUUUCUUCCAGUUGGAUCCUUGGGCAUGCCCCUGUGCCGGACAGGUAAUGUGUAUAUCCGGCCAUCUGCUUUGGUGUGAGAAUUUUGGGUUUUCUUUGCAUUUAAAACCAUACUAGUGAGAUUUAUUUGUUAGUGCCUGGUUAAGUAUUACACUGAAUUAUUAGCAUUUAUAUAGUGCUUUAGAGAGUUCAAACCACUUCACAUUCUUUAUCUUCUAACCUUAGAGCAGUCCUGAAAGGUAGAUCAUUAUUAUUAUCCCCAUGCUCCCGAUGUGCGGCUGAGGCCAGGAGUGACUUGCCUCAGGGCCAGCUGGUUUGUUCCUGGCAGAGUCAAAAUUCAACAUAGGGACAUCCUGAUUUGUAGCUCAAGUCUCAAACUGCACAUCUUAGUCACAUUUUUAAAACAACUGUUUAAAAACUACUCUAUAUUUUUGAAACAGCCGUGAGCCCCCAAUCAACAUCAGUGUGCUCCCCAGUCCAGAAUAAGUCCUGUCUGACGUUUCAGCUGAAAAUGGUUCUCUCCUAGUGCUUGUUUUACUAGGGAAGAAGCAACAAUAUUAAGACAGCUGAUAAAGUUCAGGUAGUCACUUUAAAUAUGUUUGAUUUAGUUUGCAAUUUUAGUGAAGUUUCCUAUAGUAAAUCAUUUUCUUUUGCUUCUGUUUCUGUGAAUAUGUGAAGUACAGCAACACUAAAAAAAACUCCAAAAACAAUUGUGGAAUAAUGACACUGACUAUUCUGCAGAAUACUUUCCAAUGGAGAUGAGGAGUGUCUCAGUUUGCACAAGAUAAAAUAGUGGAAGGUGAAGUAUAUUCUAGCAAAAUUCUAGGUAUGCUCUAUGUUUUUAAUUGACCAUGCCCACUUUUCCUUAAGUGGAGUAGUUUAAGCAUAACAGGCUAAAAAUAUGCAUCUUGGGCAGGCCAAGUUUGUUUUUUCCCAACAGCUGGGAUCAUUGCAUAAGUAUCAACAUAUUGUAAUCAGUCUGAUUUUACAUCAAACCGCUGUUUCAGAUUCAACUGUUAAUGCACCUAAAAUAGAAAUAGAACAUAACCUCCAAUUUGAAACACAAAAGCCUGUCUUCACCAUCAUAUGACACUGACCAAUAAAAAGGCUUUCAAAUAAUAAAAAUAAAUUUGACACAGAUUUCUAGGAUGAAUAAUGAGAGAAAUAUAAUUUUCUAGGUUAGAUUCUCUGUAGAAACAAUAGUAACACAGGAAAGGAGCAAAGUAAGAAGAACACCGACUAACAUACAAAAAUGUGGCAGGUAUUGCCACCACUCCCCAUAUGCUCAGAGGCACAUGUUACUAAAUUCUUCUAAGCUACACAGGAAGUGGAUUGGACUGUGAAAGACCAACCAAAAUUGUGUUUGCAUUUUGACAAAUUUGUAGGGCAGUACAACAUCUCAAGAGAGGAGAUCAGGUCUCCUGCUCCGCUGCUGCAUUUACUAUAGCUGCCCAAUUCCCCUGCUUUUUAAAGUUUAAGUUAAAUGUCUGUUGGCUAUAGGUACAUUUUUAAACCGCAAGGGUUUUUUGCCUAUUAGUGAAUAGUUAUUCAAAUAUGAGUUUCUCCUUCUCGUUCUUUUUAAAAACUGUUCCUUCUCACACUUUUUUUUUUGGGGGGGGGGGAUAAUGAAUUAGUUGGGGACUAUUAUUUUUUGUUUAUAAACAGUAUUAGACAUUUGGUCACUCAUUAUGAAAAAAGCAGAAUUAUACCCUGACCACUGCUUUGAGAUUGGAGAUUUUUUUUAAUUAUACAGUAUAGAAAAUUAAAGAAAGACAGGGAAAGACGAUGGAAAAUGAAGCAACUUCUCUUUUCUUCCCUGAGUAACCGAAAAGAGGCCCUGUGGGCAGGGUGCCACUGUGGAUGCCCAUACAUCCAGUGCAGGCUGCCCAAUGCAGACUAUUCAUGAUUUUAUGCUCACCAGCUGGGCAAUAAUGUGUCCCAAAUUAGUUUAUGAUUUCAUAUUUUGCAAGGUAACUCAUAAUCUUUGUAGCCCUGUUAACCUCUAGAAUUUUCUUCAGCUUUAGCUUACCUGGACCAGAUACCAUAUUAGGCAUUGUUUUGUUGAACUAUUUAAUGUUAUGUAUUUUUAAAAACAUAUUUAUGAAAAUAAGUGCUUGUACAUAUUUCUCAUUUAA